UCUCCUUCACAUGAUAGCCCUUCAAAUACUUCCUUAUAUAUGGAGAAAGUAAAUCACACUGUAACUGAGUUCAUUCUGGUGGGUUUUACCACAGACCCUGUGAUGCAGGUGCUCCUCUUUGCACUGUUCCUUCUAACAUAUUGCAUAACUGUGAUGGGGAAUAUUACUCUGAUUAUGUUAAUUUGUACAGACUCCCGGCUCUACACAGCCAUGUAUUUCUUCAUUGGGAACCUGUCUUUUCUGGAUCUCUGGUAUUCUACUGUUUAUACCCCUAAAAUCAUGUUGACAUGUGUGUCUGAGGACAAGAGUAUUUCCUUUGCUGGUUGUCUAGCUCAGUUCUUCUUCUCAGCUGGGCUAGCAUAUAGUGAAUGUUACCUGCUGGCCACCAUGGCAUAUGACCGUUAUGUAGCCAUUUCUAAGCCACUGCUCUACACUCAGGCUAUGUCCCCAAGAUUAUCUUCCUAUCUUGUAGCAGCUUCUUAUACUGGAGGUUUCAUUAACUCCAUCAUCAUUACAUGUGAAACAUUCACCCUGACUUUCUGUGGGGAUAAUGUUAUUGAUGACUUCUUCUGUGACCUACCUCCCCUGGUGAAGCUGGCAUGUGAUGUGAAGGACAGUUACCAGGCCGUGCUCUAUUUCAUCCUAGCUUCCAAUGUCAUCACUCCCACUGUGCUCAUCCUGGCCUCCUACCUCUUCAUCAUUGCUGCCAUUUUGAGGAUUCACUCUACGCAGGGCAGACUUAAAGCCUUCUCCACAUGUGGCUCCCACCUGACAGCUGUGACCCUGUACUAUGGUUCCAUUCUCUUCAUUUAUUCCCGUCCUAGUACUAGCUACUCUCUGGAGAGGGAUAAGAUUGUGUCUGUGUUCUGUACUGUGGCAAUGCCCAUGUUGAACCCAAUGAUCUACAGCUUCAGGAACAAAGAUGUCAAAGAUGCCUUGAAGAAAAUGUUAGAUCAAAUACGAGUUUCCUAA